GCAAAAAUGGCGGAGUGCUCCUAUGCUCGCUGUGUUCAGGAGCGCCGAGCAAUCAAAAAAGAGCUGCAAAGAUGGACGAAGAAUAUGGUUUUCGUAGUAGGUUUGGAACGGGUAGCGGAGGAGUUAAUGGGCAGGAGGAAAUGGAAACAUUAUCAGGAGUCAGUUUUGAGAAGUAGACCGCAAGCAGACGUAGAACCCAGCAGCAGUGAUUGGCAAGUUGAAGACAAAUGCUGCUUUUGCGACGGUGGGAUGUUCCUAAGACCAGCAACAAGUCCACAGUCAGACAGCUGCAGUAGUUCCAACAGCCACAGCAGUUUUCACGAAACUCAGUCGACAGUAGCAGCAGACAAUUCACCUCCCAGGCUGGCGAUGACAACACUCGAACCGGUCACGUCGCUGGCCGCGUCACUGGCAGCUAUCCCGACCUACAGCCCGGGACCCGCACAGGGCCAGAGCCAGGGGCACUCCGCAAUGGCAACCACCCCUCCAGCAGGCCUCUCUCUCUACCCCGCAGUAGCACGCCAUCGGACACCUGCAGGACUCUUCCCUCCGUGGUACCUGUCACCGACGGCACCUGCUCCGAACGUGCAGUCGGAAGGAAAGACUGAACCGGAAACUCCACCCGUUGUCGUAUCCCUCCCUGCAUCUACACCGCUGUCGGUGCCGUCAGCUGCAGCGAGUGAGCAGCCUUUGGACUUGAGUGCCAAAGCCAAGGAAGAAGCAUCUGCACCCAGCACCUCACCUGUGCCUCAGCCUUUGGGAUUGGCAACUCUGAGUUUGGACAGCAAGCAGAUAUUCAAGGCGAAACCAAGAAUGAGUGCAGUGGCAGGUCGAAGGACGUACACAGAAGAAGAGCUUCAGGCUGCUCUGAGAGAUAUCCAGAGUGGAAAAUUAGGAACUCGGCGUGCAGCUGUUAUUUAUGGUAUACCACGCUCCACACUUCGGAACAAAGUGUACAAGUUGGCUAUGGAGCGUGAACGUGACGCACACUUAGUGGUUCCUACAGUUGAGGAAAGAGACCUAUCUGGCGCUGAGGAUGAGAAGGAAGUUGAACGUGCUUUAAGUCGUCCUCUUCUUUCUGUUGAUGAUCUUCUGCGAUUAUCUGUGCUAGAUGGGGAUGCUCUUAGAGUUCUUCUGGAGGAAGUUUCUGCAGGACACAAUCGUGAAGCAAGUGAGUCAGCAUCUUCCCCAGUGUUUCCACAGUCUAGUGAACUUUGGCAUGGUCUAGAACAGAGUGCAUUGGGACCUUACAUCUCCCAGCUUCUGAUAGCUGGAAGUGCUCAAGAUCCUUGCCAUGCUGAAAGUGGAGGUACACUCCCAAAAUUUUCUUCCCCUCUUCUCCCCGAACUUGUCCGCCGCAUGAUGGCAGAGGAGCAGCAACAGCAGAUAAAGAAGCUAGGUAGUGCCAAUAAUUUGGAAGCAAAUACAAAUGUAACAUUGAAUGGUGCUUCAGGUGAUGAGAUACAGAAGUUAGGUGAUAGUGACAACAGUGCUGGGCCACCGAGAGUUCCGUCUGCAUCAUCUCAAACAGACCCUGUGAAAGCUACAACAAAAGUUGGGGAAGCAGACGAAUCAUCUGACACAGAUGCAACAGCUUCCACUUCUAGAGUUGCCACACCACCAAAUGUGAUACUGAGAAUUCCGUCCUUUAAACCAACUACGAAAAAUGGUGUGGCUACUCCAGGAAGUGGAAGUUUGCCUUCUAGUGAAAUUCCAUUCCAGACUGUUGGAGUUCCUGCAUUUCCUGGCCAGGAAUCUAGUCAUGUAUUGAACAGCAGCGGUAACAACAGUAAUGAGUCUUGUUCACCACCAGCAUCUAACCUUGUAGGAAAAGGGAUUGGGGUCAGUUUACGUGAUGUUAUAGCCAAAAGCAUUAGUCAGAAGUUUCAACCGACUGAUCUUCCAAUGUCACAGAAGCUCUUAUUAUCAGCAGAUGAGCAACCCCCAUUUAAGAGAGGUCGUUUUACUCCUCCAUUAAAUACAAAUAUCACAUCGUGCACUAUAAAACACAAUAACAAUAACAACACUAAUGUUGAUGAUAAAAACAAGACAUCCUGUGCAGGUGGAAAAGCUUCAUCAAAUUCUACUGGCAAAGGAACCCGGCCAAAACGUGGAAAAUACCGUAAUUAUGACCGUGAUAGUUUGGUGGAAGCUGUUAGAGCAGUGCAGAGGGGUGAAAUGAGUGUCCAUAGGGCAGGAUCGUAUUAUGGUGUUCCACAUUCAACAUUAGAAUACAAGGUGAAAGAGAGACAUUUGAUGAGACCUCGGAAGAGGGAGCCCAAACAACAACAGUCUGAUGAAGUUAAAAGGAAAGAUGAAUCUGGAACUUCAGUUCCAAGGAGCACAGCAACGACCUCAUCAGCACUGGCAAACGAUAAACUUAAAACUUUGCCUAAACCUCCCAAGACUGCCUUUAAUUCACCUGCUCCAUUACCUGGUGCACCAAAUGGUCUGAAAAUACCACCCUUGUUUGAUCCCAGUUUAUCUCUUGCCGCAUAUGCUAAUGUUACAACAGCCUUUCCAUUUUGGCCUGGUCCAUUUCAUGCCUUACCGGUUCCAGAUUUUGCCACUCCUGCUGGUAGCUUUCCUCCAAAUCCUGAACAUUUCUUUGCACCACAAAUGAUACACAGGUUACAAGAUGAAACUAGGACUGCACCACGAACAAGCCCCUCUUCAGUAGUUCCUCCUCUUGGGAAGACUGCACGAGAGAUGGCAGCAUCUUUGUAUGAUGGAACAGGAGCUAAUGGUAAUUUUCUUGAUGGUAUAAUUCGUUCAAGUCUUGAGAUGGGUUUGCCAUCAUCCUCACCCAAAGAAGGCAGUACAGGUGUGGGAAAUAGCGGAAAAAUGUCUAACAAAGCACUCAUUGACCAGCUUUGUCGUAACAGUUGUGUCACUCCUCUGCCCAAAGCUCCAACACCUUUUAGUAUGAAAGAUUGCAGUACCAGUGUAAAUAGCUCAGAUGAAGAACCUGUAAAGCAAGAAAGUGUCAUCCAGGACAAGGUCUUAGAAUCUGCUUCUCCUGCAGAGCCUGUAGUUUGUCUAUCAAAUUCAUCCAGUGGCCUGCCAGAACAUGACUGUAGAAUAGAUAGUGAACAUGUUACUUCAGUUUCAGAUGAAAAACAUAGCAAGGACAGUGUUUUGCCACUGUCAGGGGUGCACUGUGUGACACCAAAUGAAGAUAGUUCGGAAUUAUUUACUAAAGAUUCAAGUGAAUUUCAUAAAGAACAUGUUCAUAAUCCAACUGAUGAAAGUGCCUGUGAUAGUAAAACUGUAAAAAUACUUGGUGAUAUUGAAGCUGCCAAAGACUUACUCCCUGAAGAAGAAGGCAAUGAGGAUUCAGAACAAACUGAGGAUACCAAAUCAAUGACGGUCAACUCAUAGAGAGACUGAUGCAUUUCUUAGCUACUAUUUCAUAACAUGUCAAAAAUUUAAUGUGAAUGCAAGAGAUUUUAUUAUGUAUAUUGUUAAGGUGUAUCUUAUUUUAAUCACCUUGCUGUACUGAUUUUGUAGGUGUUUAACACUAAUGAUACUGACUGUAUUUCUUCUUUAUUUUAGGAAAGCAAAAGAAUUCAAUUUUUAAAUGUGAGGUAUUUGCAAACUUAAUAUUAUCUGCCCUGAGUGUGUCACUGGCAUUUCAUAACGUUCUUUCUUCAACAUACUGAUGUGCGACUACUUUUCCUGCUACUGUGAGGUCGACAAUCCAAAUGUUGCCAAAGCUAAUGUGGAACACAUGCCCUUAUAUUUAUCAGAUUUCAUCAAUUAUUUGUCCUUCUUUUACAGUAGGUAGAGUUGGUAAUCUGAAUGUAACUUAUUUAAAAAUGUAGGUGUAUAAAUUUGUGGAGACUUUUUAAACAUAUAUAUAUAUAUAUUUUAAUAUAACCAAAAUGUUCUGGAGUUUUCCCAAGAUAUUUAUCAGAGCAAUUAAAAUUCAUUCCCAUUUGUCCAAAGAAUCUUCAAAGUCUCAUGUAACUAUUGUCAAAUUCCUUAUAUUUUUCAUUUUUUACACUGAGUGUUGGUUAGAAAAAAAUUAAUAUGCUAGUGUUAGUA